AUGAAGGUCUUUUCAACCCCUUUAUUUGUGUCACUUCUGUACAAUGCGAAUCAAAUUGCUGCGUCGGCGUGUACCCCAGAUGCAUUUCCAUCGAUUAAUUCCUCGGCUUUCAAAAUUGCUGCGGUCCGUGAACCACCUGUAAACUUUGCUCUUCCAAUUGGCCUCAACAAGACUUGGGUGAACCUUGACCUGAAUGCUACCAUAGAUCAGGCCAUCGGUAUCAUUGAAGAGGCACAAAUUGACGGCGUCUCCCUCCUUGCCUUCCCAGAACUCUAUUUUCCUGGCUAUCCAGUAGCGAUUAACACUGCCUAUACGACUGAGAAUAUCGCGCAAUAUGUGGCUGAGUCUAUGUCGGUUAAUAGUCCGAACUUUCACCGGUUAGCUGAUGCCUUUCAAAGGGCCAGUAUGUACGGUUCUUUUGGCUUCUCAGAGAUUGCUGAUGAUGCCAUAUACAUGGCACAAGCAUUGAUUGGGCCAGAUGGAUCGACCCUGAUUCACCGGCGUAAGCUGCGUCCUUCAGGUACUGAGCGUGACAUCUGGUCCGAUGGUGAUCCCUCUGGACUUGUCGUUAAAGCCACCCCUCAUGGGCGCAUUGGCAUGCUCGAAUGUUGGGAGCAUUUUCACCCGACUAUGACCUUUCCGAUGCUGGCACAGCUAGAGAACAUCCAUAUUGCCGCCUUUCCUUAUGCCUACGAUUUCGGUAUUGACCCACUUGCUUGGGAGUCCGCCGAGGUUGGGGUUUCCGCGGCCCGCUGGUAUUCUACAAAUAUGGGCGGUACCGUGAUCAUGCCAGCUGUUGGGACCGCUGUAAUCUUUGUUGACGGUGGUGCAACGGCCAAUAUUUCCAACUCCACGGCCAAUCCUUCCUGGAGAUACGUUUCGGCCACUAUCGAUACAACUUCAUUCUCCAAUGCGACCUUUGACCUCGAUGGAGAGCAUAGUUGGGGCGCCCUUAAGCAGAUUAUAGAGACCUAUCCUUCCUAUAUUCUGCAAGUUGAUAGCACCUUUUUCAAAAAGGAGACUCACCCGAUUAAGAAUAUUACUUCUUGA